AUGGAGAUCCCAAGAGCAAAUGUGCCCUUAGAGGUGAUCGUUGUCGGUGAAGGCAUCGGCGGUAUGGCGGCAGCCCUCACAUUAGGUCUGCGAGGGCACCGUGUCAUUGUCCUUGAAGCUGCGCCAAAGAUCAUGGAAGUGGGAGCUGGCAUUCAGGUGUCCCCAAACAUGAUGCGUUUAUUCGACCGAUGGGGCGUUGCGGACCUAAUUCACGCCCAAGAUGUAGCCCUAGAACACCUCGAGGUUCGAAGAUGGGACAACGGCAAGAUCCUCGCCACAAUGCCAGUGAAUAAGACGUUCGGCCAACAAGUUGUUAUUCAUCGUGCAGAUCUGCACAAUGCCAUCAUCGACAGGGCCUUAGCCCUGCCCAACGUUGAGCUUCGCGAGAAUUCAUUUGUCACAGACGUGCAGUUCAGCCCAGCAAAUGUUACUCUAGCCAACGGCGAAAUCAUCCGCGGUGAUGUAGUAAUUGGUGCGGAUGGGAUCAAGUCCACCAUCCGCAAUUACCUGCUCGAAGACUCGAGUAUUAAAGCAGUCGCCACUGGUGACGCGGCGUACCGCAUCAUGCUGCCCCGGCACAUCAUGGAGCAGGAUCCUGAAUUGAAGAAGCUGAUUGACGAGCCGUUGGCGACUCGUUGGCUUGGUCCUUCGCGCCAUAUUAUCGCGUACCCUGUGCGCAAGCAUGAGCUGUACAAUGUUGUCCUGCUUCAUCCAGACGGCCAUGGUGUUGAGGAGUCUUGGACAACCACAGGUUCCAAGCAGGCUAUGGCUGACAACUAUGAUGGAUGGGAUAGCACGGUACGGAAACUUAUUGACCUGGUUGAUGACAAUGAAGUUCUGGAGUGGAAGUUGUGUCUGCAUCGUCCGCUGAAGACAUGGGUCCGGGGGUCCGUCGCUCUGAUCGGUGACGCAUGUCAUCCCAUGCUUCCAUAUCUUGCCCAAGGUGCUGCUCAGGCUGUUGAAGACGCGGCUGCACUCGGUGUCGUGUUGUCGGCCAUCUCCUCGCGCAAGGAGAUUCCACAUGCCUUGAGUGUUUAUGAAAGGUCUCGGAAGAAGCGUGCUGAGACGGUGCAGCAGUCUGGAUCGGAGAAUCGUAUCACGUUACAUUUGCCAGAUGGACCUGAGCAAAUUGCCCGAGACGAGCAGUUCAAGGCUUCGGCUAGCGGAAAUAACCCCGAUAAGUGGUCGGAUCGUAAGACACAAGAGUUCCUUUGGGCUUGGGACGCAGAGAAGGCGGCGUUGGAUACUUGGAAUGAAAAUCAACCACCGUUCAAGGUCAAUGCGAAUCUGUAG